CCGCCCCACGGCCGUCCCCGCGAGCCAAUGGGAGAAAGGAGGGCGCUGCGGUCGCCGGAAGCGAGGGCGGGACGGAGCGGAGGGGGUCGGCGGGAGGCUGCGCUAGUCUGUGGCCGGGCCGCUCAGGGGAGCCGCCGCCGCCGCCAGGUACUUUCAUCCGCCACAAUGGGUGAACCUCAGCAAGUGAGUGCUCUCCCUCCACCUCCAAUGCAGUAUAUAAAGGAAUAUACAGAUGAAAAUAUUCGGAAAGGUCUAGCCCCUAAGCCUCCACCACCUGUGAAAGACAGCUACAUGAUGUUUGGUAACCAAUUCCAGUGUGAUGACCUCAUUAUUCGACCCUUGGAAAGCCAAGGCAUUGAACGAUUGCAUCCCAUGCAGUUUGACCACAAGAAGGAACUAAGGAAACUCAAUAUGUCUAUCCUGAUAAACUUUUUGGACCUCUUGGAUAUCUUGAUAAGGAGCCCAGGCAGCAUAAAACGGGAGGAGAAACUGGAAGACUUAAAACUGCUUUUUGUCCAUGUCCAUCAUCUUAUAAACGAAUAUCGACCCCACCAAGCCAGGGAGACGCUAAGGGUUAUGAUGGAGGUGCAGAAACGUCAGCGUUUGGAGACUGCUGAGAGGUUUCAGAAGCAUUUAGAACGAGUUGUAGAAAUGAUCCAGAACUGCCUGGCCUCCUUACCUGAUGAUUUGCCUCAUUCAGAGGGAGGGAUGAGGUUAAAAACUGAGCCCAUGGAUAUCGAUGACCGCAGCAAUUGUAUUGGACAGAAUGAACAGCAGAGAGAACGCGCUGGCUGCAAGAAAGAUCAGGUUUUAGACAAAGAUGCCGCUAUGUGUAGCAUUAUUGAUGAAAUGACAUGAAAAGACACUUUGGUAAUUGUAUAAAGUUUUGGGGGGCAAGAAGAGGACUUGAUGCUAGAGGUCCUAUGGUGUGGGGUUUUUUGUUGGAUUUUUUCUUCUGCUUUUGGUAUCUAUGUAAAUAAACAAUCAUGGAAUUUCAUGUAUAUAAAAUAACCCAGAAGUCUUAUUUUUGUAGUCCUAGGUAAGGAUUUUGCAGGUGACCAAACAAACAGAAGCAUUGCUUGAUAUUUUGUAGAUGCAAUUUGUAUGGCGUGCUGUUCAGAACAGAAAAGAAUAAGUCUUAUAAUAUUUUGUUGAAAUAAGUGCAUCACGUCAAUUGAAGUAAGCUUUAUUUUCAAUCAAUCAUUUGCUGGUUUUAUAGAUGCACUUAUUUUGUGAAUUUCCAUGAAAUAUGGGAUUGAGAAAAGAUCAGUCUCUGCAGGGAAUCUGGAGUUGACUAUUUCAAAUAAGUUAAAGGUACCUUGUAAAAUUGUUAUGGUAAGUAACUAUAAAAGUAUAUUCUGGUAUUAAAGAUGGGUUUAUUAUUAUUGCUGACAAUGUUGGUAGGUCAAAAUGUCAUUCUCUCCUUUUUAGUUUUGUAAAGUCAAUAUAAUUGUCUAAAAGAAUGCUCACUUUUAUUAGUGGCUUAAAAAUUCAGUGUUGGUAGCCUAACACUCAUAAGUAACUUCAGCUGAAAAUACCUGAAGUGAGAGCACUCGCCACUUCCCUCUUAGCCAGGAUCAAGUCACAGAAUCAAGCCCUGUGUAAAGACAGGAGGAUUUUAGUAUUCAUUAUUUUAUCUUGAGAACACUAACAAAUUAAUACCAGCAAAAAAUCCAUUUUGUACAAAGACUUUACAGCCGGUUUUGAAUAAAACCUAAUCUAAUUCCUUUCAGUGACUGAGAGGUGAGUCAGGCCCUGGUACAGUACAAUUGUUAAACAAAAACAAAAAAACCUUUUUGUGCAACUAUUUUUCAGAAUGUUGCAGCCUCCCGUAAUCCCUCUUACAUGCUAGAUUCCGUGUGUGUGCACCAGUGUAUAUCCAUAACCCUUCCCCUCCCUCCCGUUCCUUUUAGAAACAUCAUAGACUUUCGGGGAGUAACGUCAGUACAAUACCUGUGCCCUUUGCAAUGAAACCUCAUUGAGUACUAUUUCCCAACUGAAACUAGAGUAGCAUACAUGUUACUCCUACCCACUUAUCCUCUAAUAACAUGCAGGCAGGAAAAACAGGAAGGUUCUAAAAUCAAAACUUAUAUUUGCAAACAGAUGAAAAGACUUACCAGACUUCAAAACCCCUUGAGACUUGUCUCUGAUUAAAUUAUUUGUUUUUAAAAAUGCCACCCACUUAUCUUGGGCUUAAUGACGGAUUCAGGUCAUUUCAAUGGCGUUGUACAUAAUUUUUUUGUGUAAAAACUUCCUAGGUUGACACUGUUGUAAAAUGAAGACCUUCAACCAUGAUUCUCCUCCUGUUGGAGUCGAUGAGAAAUUUUGACACUAAAUUCAGUAGGAGCAGGAUUACACACUUUAAUCACAAAAGUAUACUGCUAGCAGUGAUGAAGUGCCCCAAUUUGCUGUAGUGAGUUGAGGCCCAUGUCCAUCUCUACUGCCAGUAGAGUCACCGGCAAUUUUUAUCUUGUGGACAGUUGCUGAAAUUUAAACAAUGCUUUUAAUAAGUUUGUAGCAGAUAGUGUUGAAAUAAAGGUCAUUCAACUGAA